AUAUUUUACUGCGAAGGGUUUCCACUUCCGGUACACUUUGUCCCCAGGAAGUGGUACUUGACAGCUUGGCUUGGUAUCUUGAAAAUAAUAUCUGCGCUUCAAAAUAUAAUUUGUCACCAUGUCCGCGAGAAACCCGGGGACCCAGCUCGAUCUGGAGUGGCUCUCCAAAGUGAGAGUGAACACACAAGCUGUGCUGAGGAGAGCUCAGUGCAUCCAAGGACUGAAGAUCCCCACGAAACAGUGGCAGGCUGCCUGGCUGCUGAAGGCCGUCACGUGUAUCGACCUGACGACUCUGGCGGGGGACGACACGCCGUCCAACGUCCACCGGCUGUGCAUGAAAGCCAGCCAGCCCGUCCAGUACGAGCUACUCAAGGAGAUGGACAUGCACGACAAAGGCGUGACGACCGCUGCGGUGUGCGUGUAUCCGUCGCGAGUGGCCGACGCCGUCCAAUCACUCAAAGCUGCCAACUCCAAUCUUCCCGUUGCAUCGGUGGCCACAGGUUUCCCAGCGGGUCAGACCCCACUCGAGAGCCGCCUGACAGAAGUUCGCAUGGCCGUAGCAGAUGGGGCCACAGAGAUCGACAUUGUCAUCAACAGGACGCUCGCUCUCACAGGACAGUGGGAAGCGAUGUAUGACGAGAUCUGUCAGUUCCGAGAAGCCUGCGGCGACGCCCACUUGAAGACCAUCCUGGCUGUCGGCGAGCUGGGCACCUUCGCCAAUGUCUACAAGGCCAGUUUGGUCGCCAUGAUGGCCGGUUCCGACUUCAUCAAGACAUCCACGGGAAAGGAAUCUGUCAAUGCCACCUACCCUGUUGCCAUAGUGAUGGGGAGGGCCAUACGUGACUACUUCCUGCGUACGGGCCACAAGGUGGGCUUCAAGCCGGCGGGGGGCAUCCGAACAGCCAAGGAGUCUUUGGUGUGGCUUCUGCUGAUCAAAGAGGAGCUGGGCAACGACUGGCUGUCUCCUCAACUCUUCCGCUUGGGCGCAAGCAGCCUGUUGGCUGACAUUGAGAGACAGAUAUAUCAUCAUGUGACGGGACAGUAUGCGGCCUACCAUGAGCUUCCAAUGGCCUGAAGCUCUGGAGAUGCUCCAAAUAACCAAAUGGACCUCAAGUUCACCACGCAAGCCUCUCAAUCUUAUUUUCCCUCACAUUCAUGUUCAGUAGUUUGUAGUUGACUACAACCUUGAACCAGUGUCUGAAUACUUUUUAUACUGUUAAUGCCAUUAUGGGAGCUCUUAUAUAAUAUGAUUUCCUUGUGUGACAGUGGGAUUAAUGUGCUUAAGGUUAACUUUUGUUUAAGGUUAAUUGAAGAUUGCCUGUAUGUGCGAAGGGUUGAAAGUGAAAAUAUGACUUCAUUCCUUUGGUGGAAAAUCAACAUUCCAAAACUGGCAAUAAACGUGUGCAUUAAUGAGA